CCCGCCGGCCGCCCGAGCCGCUGCAAUCUGUUGCGCGGCCGCCCGCGGGAGCCGGCAGAUCCGGGUCUCGUGGCCUAAAGUGACGUGGGCAAUCGAACCAAAACAGAGGAGGGGAGGAAGCCGGCGGCCAGCAGCGGCGGCGGCGGCGUCCCGAGAAGGCUCCCGGGUCCCCGGCGCGCAUCCCCUCCCGCCUCCGUCGCUCGGGUGCUCCGGGCGGAUCUAAGCAGUCAAGUUCACUCAAGCUGGGUAAUCAUGGCAGAAGGCGGAUUCGAUCCCUGUGAAUGUGUUUGCUCUCACGAACAUGCGAUGAGAAGGCUGAUCAAUCUGUUGAGGCAGUCCCAGUCCUACUGCACAGACACAGAAUGUCUUCAGGAACUCCCAGGCCCUUCUGCUGACAAUGGCAUCAGUGUCACCAUGAUCCUGAUGGCCUGGAUGGUCAUUGCAGUCAUCUUGUUUCUCCUGAGACCUCCGAAUCUAAGAGGAUCCAACCUCACUGGGAAACCAGCCAGUCCGCACAACGGACAAGACCCACCAGCCCCGCCUGUGGACUAACUUUGUGAUCUGGAAAUCGAGAAUACUUAACACCUUGCACGACCAAAUGAACGAAGAUGACCAGAGUACUUUUAACCCCGUUAGAACAGUUUUUCUUUUUGCAUUUGGAUAUGGGAUGGUCUUUUUUUCAUGAGCUUCUAGAAAUGUCACCUGCAAGCUUCUACUGUUUUCUGUUAUCACUAUUCCUCAUUACAAUUUAUUUGAGUAAAUGAUUAUAUUUAAAAACAAAUUAUAUGGGACUUUUUUUGGUUAUCCUAAGCUUAAACAUUCCAUUCAUUCUCUUUAUAAUUGUGUUCAUAUUUUUAAAAAAUGAUUCUGACCUGAUUGAGAGAUUUGCGAUAUGUGCAUUUAAAUAUUUUAGUCUUGCUAGGUUUUUUUUUUUAAUUUCCUUUUUUCUCCCCAAUCAAUAUUUAUAAAGUUAUUUGGGGUUUUCUGAGAGUAUAUGAAAGAAAAUUAUAACUAUUGUAUUUACAUGUACCUUGAAGUUUGAUUUGUGGGUGAAGUGGAAGUUUUCUCUAGGCCUCGGGAUGAUGGCAACAUUUGAAAUAUUUCACUGUUCCAGCUGAAACCUGUAGCACUCACUAGAACUGGCUGUGUGGUUAGGAAAGGACAUGGGAAGAAGUAAAAUUGUUGUUUACUGCGUUUUUUACUCCCACACAAAUGUGUCUAAUGUUAAGAAAACUUUAAAUAAACGUGAUUUAAAUAUGGUCGAUGGUUUUCUGCCCACUGAUGACAUUUGUAAUGCACUGAGCAAGAACCUCCCAAGAUUCGUGGAAAGAGUAGAAAAAUAAAUUCUUUCUGCCUUUGCCAGAUUUAAGCUAUACUUUAUUGUUAAUAUGGGUGCCUCUCAGGAUGUUUCUUUCUGUUCUGAUACUUCCCUCUUAAACAAAACAGUCUUGAACUUUUGGAGGCGUCUCUGACAUUUGAAAUCCUAUUUGCUUAUUUACCUGAUUUUUUUCUUCAAAGAAACAUUUUUUUCCUCCAGUCUUUUAUUAUCCUUUGGCUUUAAGAUUAUUGAAUAGGUUCUUGGUUAUUCCAAGGGAAAAGAAGGAAAAUGGAAAAACAGUUAAGGCAGGACCAGAGCACAACAGUGGCGAGUGCCCCACCUUGUCCCCUGGGCCCUGCGAGGAGAGAUGCCGGGCACAGAGUCAGGAGUAAGCCCUGAGCACCCCAGGGUGUGGCCCCAGGGGGGCCGUGUUUUCCCCCUAACCCCCCAGAAAAAGGUCUUUGUCUCACCCUCUAUCUCAUUCUUGUUUGGUAAUGGAAUUGUUUAGGGGUGGGUAGGAGGAUUAAUAUAAGUAAAAUUUUUAAUUGAAUUUAUGAAAAAAAGGGGAAUUAAAAAAAAAACAUUGUUUUUCUUAGGGAAAAAAAUACAAAUUGCAUUUUUUACAAAAAAGCCUGCAUGAUCUAUGUGGAAGUUUCCCCUUACCAAAUAAUUACAAAUGAUUUAUGCAGGCAAGAAGAUAUUUUAUUAUCAAUGUAAGGAUUUUCCCCUCUCGAUUUAUCUAGCAAUCCACUCUAUAGAUCUGAGAAAUUAUUUAUAUGAAUCGAAUUACACUGUUUAAUAGUCUCUGGUACAAUUGUGUAAUGUCCGUAAGGUUAUUUCUGCCCCCUUUAUAUGAUUACAUUAUAGGCCAUAACUUCGUAAGGGCUUGGUUUCAUGAUAUAAUCCGGUGUGGACUGCUGUAUUUCUUCCGUUUCUUGGCUUUUUGAUCAAAUUCUUGAAAUAACAUGACCAACUCUUUUUUCCUCUUUUUUUCUUUUUUUUACUGAAUCACCAUGAAUUACAGUCCGUCAUGAUUUAGUUUCAGGUAUACAGUGUUCCAGUACCAAUCCACUUCUUCCACCAAUGUCCUCGGUUUCCCUCCCACCCCCCGCCUGCCCUUUUCUUUGCUCUUUGGCUCUGGGUUUACAGCACUGUUCCUGAUAGGGCAGCAUGCGUAUCCCUUCAGGAGUCCCUUCCCUCUCCUGUCCCCCUCAGUGGCUUGCUUCCUACUGGUCAGUUCUCAUGCUUUUUAUUUCUGUUGCCUUUGAGCAUUUAUUAUUCCCCUACUAUGUUUCUUUCUAUCCCACAUAUGAGAGAAUUUAUUCUGUGUAACUCUCUUUGACUAACUGUUAAUGACUUGUGUAACCUGAGGUAGCCUAAUGUAGGCAAGUCAACCCCAGAGAGUUAAGGUUUUCCUCAUGACACCUACCAGAAGCUUUCCUAGUUCUGGAGCUGUUCAAGUUUUUAAAGCAAAAUGGGGAGGAUUGGCAUAAAAUAGAGCAACCUUGCGGUAAGCAUGCCUUUUUCCUGGCUGGCUCCUGAAUUUGAGGGCCUGCAGUUAUAUCCUGUCAGUUACUUUUUUAAAGCCACAAAUAAGCAGACUCUGGUGGAGAUGUCAUGGAACCUACCAUUACAAGUGGUUGGAAUUUGGUGAUGAUUGAAGAAGUAGCGUGACUUGGAAGUAGAAACAUAUUUUCUGAGAUAGAGCCCUAGAAUCUGAAUUCUUCUAUCUUUUUUCUCUUCUGUAUUCUUGUUUAGUCCUUGAUGCCCCUGAAUUUUGAGUUGUGUUGUUCAGUUUUUCCCCAUCUGUGGUGCCAAGAACUAAGCCCCAGGGUUGGAGAGCUAGUCCUAAGGGCUGGAGCUUGCCCUGUGUCCUGGAGUCCCUCGGUCCAAUCCCUAUGCCACAUGACCCCGAGAACUGGACAGGUGUAGCCCAGGUAGCCCCUCAGUACUGCUGAGAGGACCCCACCCCCAGACAAACAUCAAACCCAGUGUCACGCUUCUGUGCCACCAAAUCUUCCACCUCCCGAACCUGGACAUGUGGAUUCUUAAUCCCAGUCUCUCAUUCUGUCAUAUACACUUCAUGGUCAUCCAGACUGCUCAUCUUUUUGUAUAUGGACCAUUCAUUUAAUUAGUAACAAAAGUUCAGAGUGAACUAUUUAGUCUUGGUGAUUUGGGUGGUUUUUGUGGUUUUUUCUUCUUCUUCUUUUUUUUUUUUUUUGGCUUUUAAGAUUUUCUUCACAUUUUUGAUAAAGACAGUCCACGACUGCACACAAUGAAUUCCUGUUAGCCUAACUAGUAAUUUAUAUUAUUGUAUUUAAUUCUUUAAGCUUCUAUAUUGUGGCCUUUUACUGAGCAAAAUUACUCAUUAAUUGGCCUGUACAUAUUUUGCCUAAACCGUAGCUACAAUCAUUUAAAAAUAAAUUGGUGUGCCAGGAAUGCAUCUCAGUGGUAGAGUAUCUGACUUACAUGUAUGAGGCCCUGAGUUCAAGAUUGGGUAGAGCACAGAGCCAGGAAUAGAGCCUGAGCACCACUAGGGAGGGCCUAAAAAGCAACAACAAUAGCAAAAUUAAAUCUGGAAACAAUACAAUACAAGAUUCAAUAUUUGAGGUUUAGCUCUUAAGCAUUCUACAAAUGCCAUUGUUUAAGAGUAAUGUGUUUUUUUUAUGCAAAAUAGCAUUUUUUCUUGAUGGAAAAAAGUUAACAUUGAAACUGCAUUAGGAAAGAUUUUUAUGAUGAAUAUAGCCAAAUACUAUCUCCCAGUUGCAGAGGUUUUCCAAAGUAACUAUUAAUUACAGCUAUUCCUUGGUUACUUUUAUUGUCUUUGUGGUAUGCAAUAUUAGUGUUUAUAGAAUCACAAAUACCUUACAUUUUCAAUGGAACCUAGGAGCCUUGAAUGAAAAUCUGUCACUAAGUGGAAUGUGUGCAAAAAUUUGAUCAAAUUCAAGAAGUGAAGCUGUAACUUGAAGAGAAAAUGAAGCGUUUACAAUUAAUGAAUCGGUUAAAUUUUUGUUGUUGCAGUACUAGGUUUAGUCUAAACAUUAUAAUAUUUCUGAAUAAUAGGUCUUCUUCUGUAUUUGUUACCAUGUCUGAUGGGUAUUUGUUCCAAGCAAAAGUGGUCAUGUGAUAUACUAAAUAUUAAUUGCUGUUUAAGUAUUUAAAUCAUGCCAAACAAAUCAUGUCUAUGCCAUCCAGGUUUAUUGUAAUCUUUUAUUGAGUUCUUGGACUGGGAUAAAGGGCUUGUACUAUGCACUUUUUAUUAAUGAAUAAAUAGAAAACAUUAGUAACA